AAACAGUGCGUGCGUGUGUGAUAAAGACGGAUCGCGCCCAAAGGUUUAAACCAUGAGCUGGGCGGUGGAGGAGUGGAAGGAUGGACUUCCAGGGAAAGCCCUGCAGAAGAUCCAGGAGAUGGAAGUCCAGCUGGACAAACUGAAGAAGGAGAGGACCCAGAAGCAGUUUCAGCUGGACUCCCUAGAAGCUGCCCUGCAAAAACAGAAACAAAAGGCGGACAGCGAACGUACUGAGACCUCUGCUUUGAAAAGAGAGAACCAGUCUUUAGUAGAGUCGUGCGACUCUCUGGAGAAAGCCCGUCAAAAGGUCACUCAUGACCUCGGAGUCAAAGAGCAGCAGGUGAGCUACCUGGAGGGGCAGCUUAACUCCUGCAGGAAGACUAUAGAGCGACUGGAGCAAGAGCUGAAGAAGUACAAAAAUGAAUUGGAUCGUUCUCAGCCUGCUGGCUCUUCCUCAUUAUCAUCCUCCUCCUCAUCUGAGCUUCAGUCCUACACAACUCCACAAAAAAGUUUCUCUACCCCAGCUCCUGUCCUGGCCUACAGACAGCAGGAUAACAAACUAGAGGAGCUCCAGGAGAAAUACAACCAGGAAGUAGAAGAAAGAAAAAGGCUGGAGACUGAACUCAAAGUCCUGCAGGUCAAACUGUUGAAUCAGUCCUCAGUCACUGUAAGCCACAAGGACAUUGCUGCCCGCCAGGCUGGAUCUUCCAUAUUCCCCUGGCAGCAGCAGAAUCAGACCCAUAGCCGCCAGUCUCUGGAUGUAAUGGAAACACCUCUGAAGAGGCGAGGGGCAUCCCUGUGGGACGCCCACGAGGAGACGCCUAUUAAACCCAGCCAGCGGAUGAGCUCGUCCAGAGCAAUGCAGAGUCCCACUGGAUCCUCCCAACAGAUGGAGCAGCUUAAGACCAUCAACCAAGAGCUGCACAGCCGUGUGUCAGAGUUGGAGAGGACUCUCUCCACUCAGGAGAAGGAAAUUCGUAGCCAGGCCUCCAAGCUGCAGGAACUACAAACCCAACUGAACCAGGCCCGCAAAGACCUGACUGAGCGGGACAGAGACCUGGCCAAGACCAGGCACGAGCUGAGUCAGGCCACAGACAGACACCAGCAGGUUGAGGCCAAGUGUUCAUCAGUGGAGCAGAAGCUGAAACAAGUCACAGAGGAGAUGAGCUGUCAGAGGCACAAUGCUGAGAGCUGCAGACGAGCCCUGGAGCAGAAACUCAAGGACCAAGAGAGAGACAGUCAAAAGGAGCUAGCCCAACUGCAGAGUUCUCACCAAGCUUUGGAACAGCAGCUGAACCAGACCAGAACCAAACUAACACAAGAGAUCCAACAGUCCAAAAAGGACUACAACGUACUGCAGGCUGACAUGGAGAAGAUGUCCUUCCAGAAGAGUCGGGUGCUGGAGGAGGUGGAGGAUCAGAAACAGAAACUGCUCAGGUCAGAGCAGAGCCUCCAGGCCAGCCAGACCAAAGAGCAGGACCUCCGCAAGAAAAUGGAGGAGCUGCAGAGAGAGAAGAACAGUGCAACCGUUCAGUUGGACCAGAGCAGCAGGCGUCUGAGUCAGCUGGAGGAAGAGAAGAAGAGCACAGACCAGAGCCUCAAACGCACCCAGGGAUUACUAGAUGACCUCAAAGCAAAAUCAGAAGGGCAGGCCGAGGAGCUGAAGAGACUUCAGUCCAAAUUGGAGCAGCAGACUCAGGCUUCGGCCCGGGACCUGGAAAACAUGAAGAAGACACUUUCUGAUGCAGAGACCAAAAAUGACAGAUCUCAGACUGAACUGCAGAAACAGAGGCAAGACACAGAAAAGCUGACCAACAGGCUGACAGUCCUGGAGAUGGAGAGCCAAGAGCUGAAAUCCAAUCUCACUGCGAGUCAGAACGAUUGUAAGGAACUGAAACAAGAACAUCAAGCUCUGCUGGAGUGGAAGAAGGAAAAGGAGACGCUGAUUAAUGAAACUGAGGCUGUGCAAAAAAGCCUCACUGACAAAGUUGUCGACUUGGAGAACAGUCUCAGCUCGCUGAAUGAGGCUACUGAUGAACUUAAGAGGCAGCUCAUGAAUGUAGAGGGAGACAAGGCCAGUCUGUCCGCUCACAUCGAUUCCUUGAAAGGAGAACUCCUCAACAAGAGCACGGAGUUGGAGGAGAGGGAGCAUCAGUACAAGGAGCUGCAGUCCGAGUUCUCCAAGGCUGGACAGAAACAUGUCAAAGACCUGGAGAAUGUUGCCGUGCAAGUGGCUCAGCUUGAAGCACAGGUCAAAGAUCUUGAGUUGCAGUUGCAAAAGGAGUCGACUCGAGCAGAGCAGGCUGAGAGGACCAACACAGAGCUGCAGAACGAGCACCAGGCAGCCUGUGACCUGGCUCACUCCAAAGACCAGCUGGUAGAGUUGGGCCAAGCGGAGAUCAUCCACCUCAGAGACAGCCUUGCUCAGGCCACUGCACAGCAGGAGGAACAAAGUGCCAGGUUGUCAGAAGAGAAGGCAGCUCUGCUGAAGCAGUGUGAGGAGAGUGUUUCAGCAAAGGUUGAAGAGACUGAGCAGCUCAAGCUGCAGUUGGAGGAGGCUCAGCAAGACCUGCUGCUCACCAAAAACAAGGUCAGUUCCAUGGAUCAGUUCCUGAAAGUUCAAGAGCAAGUGGGAGCUGAGCUGCAGAAACAAAUUAAGACACUGUCAGACAAUGAAGAAGGAUACAAAAAGAUGAAUGAGAAAAAAUCAGAGGAGCUCAAACAGCUAGCAGAGGAGCUGAAGGGUCUGCAGAGCCAAACAGAAGAGAUGGAAAAGCAGCUCAGAGAGGCUGAAGCUCAGAUUUUGUCUCUGGAGAAACAAAAGGCCGAGCUGGAAAAUGCAGCUGAAAAUGCAAAGAAAGAGGCUGAGACCCUCCAGCAGGCUCAGACUGAGAAGCUCAGCAACCUUCUGGAGCAGAUAUCCCUCUUAGAAGAAGAGCUAACUUCAAGCAAAGACGCAGCAGAGAAGCUUCCAGUGUUGAAGAAUGAACUGGACAUGAUCAACCAGUCCCAUGCUGACCUUAAGAAGUGUCUGGAGGCUCUUGAGAGGAAUCACUCCACCACUAUCGAAAUCAAGUCCAACUUGGAGAACACCCUGACCGAGAAAACCAAUCUGAUAUUUACUUUGGAGAAAGAAGUCAAAGAGCUCAGAGAGAAGAUGAGCAAAGAGUCAGAGAGUCAUGCUCUGGAGAUUGAAAAAGUCCGUAACAAAGAGAAGCACCUCAAAGAGCAGUUUGAAGCUGCAAAGCAGUCGGUAACUGCUGCUAAAGCAGAAUCCAGUUCUCGCCGGGAAGAGAUCAAGACGAUGAAGACGACUCUGUCUGCUGCUUCACGCGGCUUGGAGGAGAGAGACAACACAAUAAAGAGUUUGAAAGAGAAGCUGAAUAAAGCAGAGGCAGAGCAGACCAAAACAUCAGAUCUCCUAAAGGAGAAGAUGGUCGCCAUGAACAAAAUCAAGGUGCAGCUAGAGAUGCUGCAAAUGGACCUCGAGGACAAUGAGACAGCCAUGAGCUCUUUUGACAGUCAGGUGGAGGAGCUGAAGGGAACCAUAGAGUCACUGGAGGCUCAGCUGGUGCAGAAUCAGGCCAAGAUGUCUGACAUGGAGGCCAGGUUGGAGGACAGCAAAGCCCAGGUCUCUGUCUUGGAAACCCGGUUAGAGGAGGUCCAGUCUCAGAACUCCGUGCUGGAGACACAGUAUGUCACAGCUAGGGAGGAGUUGAUGGAGAGGAGCUAUGAAAUCACUCGUCUGGAAGAGGAUGCUGUCAGACGAAGCCAGCUGGAGGACAGCAUCGCUACCUUAGAGUCUAAACUCAGUCAGAGCACAGAGGAAAAGGUCAAGUUAGAGACAACGCUCAAGCAGAUAAUUGAAGACAAGGACAAUAAUCUUAACCAGUUACUACAGGAGAAAAACAACAUUGAGGUUACUUUGAAACAGUUAACAGAAGACAAAGAACAAUUAAAAACUGCAAUCAAUCAGGUAAAUGCAGAGAAGAAACAGCUGGAAGCCAGUCUAGACAAGCUAGCUGAGGAGAACGAGCAACUACAGAGCAACUGUCAGCAGUUAACUACAGAACAGCAGAAGGUUGAUCAAAUGAUUGUAGAGAAACAGGAAGCUGAAACUACCCUUAAACAGGUCAUGGAGGAGAAGGUCCAACUAGAUGUUGCCCUCAAUCUGAUAAACCAGGGCAAAAUCCAACUUGAGGCUAAACUAAGCCAGCUAACCUCAGAGAACAAUAACUCUGUUGCCAACUUGAAUAGAGUUGUUGAGGAAAAGCUUCAGCUGGAAGUUCACUACAAUCAGCUGACUGAAGAGAACAUCAAACUACAGUCUCGUGUCACUCAAGUGACUGAAGAGAAGCUGCUGUUGCAAGAACGUAUAGAGAGGCGCGAAGAUGAGGUGGCUUCACUUCAAGAGGAGAAUGAGAGCAUCCAGAGCUCCCUCCUGGCCUCAGAGCAGGAGCUUCAGAGGCUGAAGGAGCAGCUCGAGAUGAGAGACAAGAGGACUGAGCAGGAGAACAGAGAGAGCGAACAGUUUGAGGCAGAGCAGGCAGAGCUGCAUCAGAAGUUGGCAGGCUUACAGAAGGAGCUGGCUGUGUUGAAGCAACAGUACGACUCACUGCUGCUGCAGGUGGGCCAACAGCACAGCCUCAUACAGCAGCUCUCAGAAGUGCAGGGAACCCAGACCCCAGGAGACGGAAUCAGCUCCAUGGAGUCUGAUGAGACAGAAACUGUCGAAGCAGCAGGACAGACUGAUGUAGAGCCGCCACUUGAUACAGACACCGGGUCCCUUCCAGUAAAAGGACCGCAGAGUCAUGUGGUGUCUGAACCGGAUAAACUUGCCCACCAGUCUGACAAGGCUUUCAGUGAGACAGAGCUGGUCUUCAAGGCGGACAUCAUCGAGCAGGAGAUGAUCCAGGAGCGACUGGACGCGGAGCGGGAGGCGUGUGUAGCCGACGUAGAGGACAUGUGGGGUAAUGAAGAGCAGCAGCACCAUCAACAACAGCAAACCUUCGACCAGGUUCAGCACAGUGGUCCCACAGAUGUCCUUGAAAAGGAAUCUGAAAUCCAUGAGCUUUCUCUAUCUUCCCCCCUUGAUGAGACCAGACAGUUAGAAUCUUCUGCACCAGAGUCAUCCCGCGUGCAAGAUGGCCUCGACCACUACAAGGCAGUGAUCGCGAAACAAGAAAAUGAACUCCAAACCCUGCGUUCAGAGUUUGACCUGCUGAAGUCCGACCUCACACUGAGAAUGGAGUUGACCUCCGAACUGGAAGUUCAAGUUCAAAACUUGGAGAGGAAAGUUCACGCAGCAGAGGAGGAGGCACAUGGUGUAUCACAUAAGCUGAAUGUCGCUUUGGAGGAGAAGAAAGGCACUGCUGACCGGAUUGCUCAGCUGUCGGAGGAGAGGGAGACAUUAACUCUGCAGCUGCAAACAUCUAAAUGCCAGCUGGCUGAUGUUAUGGAGAUGCUGGAAGGACUGGAGAUGGCCAAAGGUGGAUGGGACGAGAAAUUUCUUCAGCAGGAGAGCGAGCUGAAGAGGGUUCGCUCUGAGAAAGCCAACCUGGAGCAGCACAUCCUGGGCAUGGAGUCUGAGCUGGAGACCUUGCAGGAGGAGAAGACCAAACUGAAGGUUGAGAUAGAGACCCAGAGGAGGACAGGUUCGGGCAUGGAGGUGCAGAUAGAAACACUCAUGACAGAGACAACCCAGCUGCGAUCUGAACUUGUGUCCUGCACUGAGGAGCGAGAUGACCUGAACCAGUCUUUAGGCCAAUGGAGAGAGAAAGUUCACAAUCUGGAGAAGACUAACUGUGACACCAGAAGCCUCAUUUCCAUCCUGGAGGACGACAUCAGGGCGGGGAGGAAGGAGUAUGAAGCCCUGCAAAGCAGCAUGGAGAAACUGAAGACAGAGAGGCAACAGCUGCUGGAGCAGAUUAAGACACUGGAGCAGGCAAUAUCCCAACAGAGUGGAGAAAGAGAGGAGCUUAUUGGGCAGCUUGGCAAGAUCACUGAAGACCACACCUCGGCUAAUCAGAACACUGAGUCCAUGGUCGGCAAGAUACAGGCGUUGGAGGGAGAAGUGUGCCGUCUCUCACAGUCUCUAGAGGCCUCUCUGCUAGAAAAAGGUGAGAUUGCCUCUCGCCUGAACUCCACACAAGGUGAGGUCCAGCAGAUGAAGACUGGUAUUGAAAAGCUCCAGGUACGCAUCGAGUCGGACGAGAGGAAGAAAAAGAAGAUGGGAGAGCUGCUCAAAGCUGCCCAAAGAAAGUCUGACUCACUGCAAGAUCGCAUUGAUGCCCUGGAGCGAGAGCAAGAAGACGUAGAGCAAAGUCUGGAGGAAGCUGUGCUGCAGGCUGAAACAGCCAAAGCUGAGCUGGAGGAGGAAAGGAAAAAGGUGGAGGAGGAGAAGAGAGAGCUCAGUGAACAACUAUCACAGCUGUCUGUCACGCUGGACGGUCUGAGAUCUGAGAAAGAACGCAUGGAGAGAGAGCUGGAAACAAAAAACCGAGAGAUAGAGGAACUGAAGGCCACUAAGGAUGAGCUGGAGAGAGGGCUGGAGAAGGCAGAGGUGGAUAGAAGAGAGGAAGAAGAAAGACAGAGAAACAGGGUAGAAGAGCUGGAGAAAGGAAUGAGGGAGGAGGCAGAGAAGCAAACGAGACAAGUGGAUGACCUCCAGGCGCAGCUGCAAGCCUCUCGCCAGAGAGAGAUCUCCCUCGAACAAAAGAGUGCAGAAACUGAAUGGGACAAAGAGAGGAUGCAGUCUCUGCUGGUAGAGAUGGAGAAAGAGAAAACGUGUCUGCAGUCUUCUCUGGAACAAUGGCGGACGGAGGGAGAGAUGCUCCGCUCUCAGGGAGAAGAGUGGGAGAAGGAGAGAAAGAACCUGAGGACCAGUACUGAGGCUUUGGAAGAAGAAAUGAAAGAGCUUAAAACACUCAUCAAAGCUAAAGAGGAAGAGAGAGAGAAAGAACAGAUAGAAGAAGACCGACGACUGGCAGAGGAGAGAGAGAAACUGCACUCGACCCUGCUUUCAGUGGAACAAGAGAGAGAUAAUCUGCUCUGCACUCUUUCGUCUGUAGAAGGAGAGAAAGAAAGACUACAGCAAGAGAGGGGAGUGUUAGCUGAUGAGAAAGGGAAGCUUCAAUCUAGCCUCUCCUUGAUAGAAAAGGAGAAACACGAAAUGCAACAAACUCUCUUUUCAUCGAAACAAGAGAAGGAAAGAAUAGAGGAGGAGAAAGAGAAGUUAGAGGCUGAAAAAGAAGAAUUGCUGUCUUCCCUUUCUUCGAUUGAGGUGGAGAAAAAUAACUUGUCUUCAGCUCUUUUUUCACUGGAACAAGAGAGGCAAAGAGCAGAAGAGGAAAAAGAGAAAGUCGCACAAGAACAAGAGAGACUUCAGUCGACAGUAGCCUCAAUGGAGACAGAGUUGGAAACAUGCAGACUGUUGGUCGCAAACCUCAACGAGCAGGUGUCCGAGCUCACAUCUCACACCACUCGUCUGUCUAAAGAGAAAGACUCUGCUCUGAGCAAGAUGGGUCUGUGGAUGAAGACCUGCAAACAGCUGGAACAGGAGAAGCAAGUGAUGUUAAACGGCUCAGGCGAAGGAAAGAGCAGUGAGGAGGCACAGACUGAGGUGAACCAGUUGAAGAUGGAGGCAGAGGAGAGAAAGAAGGAAGUGAAAGACCUGAAGACUGCCCUGGAGCAGAAGAGGACAGAGGCUGAAGAAAACACUAAAGAGGUGGAAGGACUUAAGGCUGCCCUCCAUGGGAGGAUGAAGGAAUUCGAACAGAGAAGCGGAGAGCUGGAGGAGAUGAAGAGCGAGUUGGAUGAACUAAACAAACUUCUGGAGGAGAAAAGCAGGGAGGCAGAUGAGAGCAUGGAGAAAUACUGCAGCCUGAUGAUUAAAGUCCACAAACUGGAAGAAACCAACGAUGCACUGACAACACGGCUCCAGCAGCUCACUGCUAGCCAACGUGCUAACGAAGCUAACGGCCACCCCAGCAGCACUGACAGCACUCACCGCCGGCGCUCAGCAAGGAAGUCUGCCUGCAGACGCCAGGGAGAAAAACUGGAUGACAUUGAGAACGUGGCUCUUUCAACACCUCAGAGGUCUCCUCAGGGGUCAGGGAAGAGGGGUCACCGUGACCUCUGUGAUAAAGACAGCGCCCAGGAGGCCCUGCACAACCUGACGAAGAAGAUCAGAGCCAAUGCAGUGACUACACCCAGACCAAGAACUGAACAGGAAGAAGAGUUCAGACCAGAGGGACUUCCUGAGCUUGUGCAGAGAGGGUUCGCGGAUAUUCCUCUGGGGGAGGCCAGUCCAUUCAUCAUGAGGAGAACCACAGUGAAGCGCUGCAGUCCUCGGCUGGCUGCCAGACACACUGUUCCCACAUCUGCACCUGAUGGCAAGGUUUCACCCCUCCAGAGUCCCUGUGCAGACAGCUCCAACAGGAAGUGUCUCUCCCCGAGUGGAGAGGAGAGGCCUAUGCGUCGUUCACUGAGUUCAUACAAGACACCAGAGCAGAAGGAGAAAAGAGAAGUUUUAAGAGAACAAACGCAACAAGGAGACAACUGUCACGUUCAGUAGAUCGACAUACACAUACACACACACACAGCAUGACCUUGUGAUUUAUUUGUAGAAAUAUUAUACACACGCACACUCAUUGAUACAGAAAAUAUUAACACUCCAUCACAUGUAACUGUAGAGUAAAGGCACAUUUAUAUUAAAAGCUUUCCUCCUAAAAGCGUUCAACACUUAAGGUGCACCUUUUCUUUCUUUCAUUUUGGGGGUGGGGGGCUGACACAUGUGCAAACAUAUGUGUGUGUUUGCACACGUAUUCGUUUCCUGUUAAAUCACUUUGUUCCAUGACUUCAAAAGACAAAGCUGCACUUUACCUGCUGUUCUCUUCUUUCUCUGGUGGUAGCCUGAAGAGAAAUAAAAGCAAUCGCUAUGAUGAGGCAGGUGAAAAAGGAGUUGCUAGCUGUCCAUGUGCUGAUUUCCCCCAGACCACUGCUUUUCAUCAUGCUCUGAUGCUCCGAUUUUUAAUGACGCUCUGUACCUUUGAAAUGUUGGAUAUGUAUUUUUCCCAGGUGUUUUAUGUUGAAAUGAAACCAUCAUUAGUUUGUGAUGCCUCUGUUUAUCCCUCUGUCUUCGUCUCUUCACUCUAUACCACUGACUCACUGGUUGUACUUUAUUUUCUUUUGAACUGUCUUGAACUUUGUACGUAGUAGAUGAACUGUGCGGUAGUAGUGGCCAUGCUUCAUCAUCUGUAUCUCCUGUAACAUCCCCUGAUUGCUAAUGGCAGCUAAGAUUUUGUAGAUUUUCUGCUCUCUUUCAUGUUUUGUAGAUAUUUUUAUAGUUGAAGUCAAGAAAACAAAAAAGUAAUGUCUUGUUUUGUUUUUUUAUUUCUUAUGAUCUUUGCAACACAUGCUGAAAGCAGGUCUGUAUUUGAUCAGUAUUUGGUUUUCAUUUAGGUAUAGAUCAAUGUUAUUGAUCAUUGUAAAUAGUUAUGCCAAAUAGUUCAAACUGCCCUUUUUUACUAAAUAAUUUUUAACUGCU